ACAGAGAGUCAAGCCCCAGUACAGCGAUCUUGGGCCCUGGGCGCACCACCUCCCGCUCCAGAUGUGUCAGGCGGCCGCUGACCCGCCGUCCGGGCCCGCGACAGUGACCAUGUCUCCUUGAGGUCCAAGUCAAGAAAAAAAAAAGUCUCUCCUUCGAGGAGGUCCCACCCCCAGCAGUCCUCUCACCUGCCUGGCGUGGUGUCCCGCACGCCGUCGGGAGUCGUCGGUGACCUCAUCAUGGCCCUCAACAUCGGCAUCCUCCCCCACCUCCUGGGCGCUGCGGCCAACAACCUGAACAACAACAACUUCAACAACAACAACAACAACAACAACAACAAUGGCCUCUCGCGCAAUGCGGGCGGCGGCGGCAGCAGCAACAACGGCGCCAACCCGAUGAACAGUGUCCGGGACAGGCUGUUCCACGCCCUGUUUGUGCGAGUGGCGCUCGCGUACGCGACCGCGGUGCCCCCCGUGCGGACUUUGUUCGAGUACAUCACCUUGCUCAAGGCUCUUCUAUCAUUUUUCAUUCUGGCCUAUAUUCAUGCUGCCUUCAUCAGAACGCCCAUCAACUGCCUGGAGCACGUUUGCCAUCAGUGGCCGCAGGACGGCAUUCUGAGGAUCGAAAUUCUCCACGACACGGCCGCGACGGCCGAGCCGUACACUGUAGAGCAGUCCUAUCUCAAAGAGCAGCGGCUGCAGCGCCUGGGCCAGCUGCCCGCCCAGCCGCAAGUGCGAGCGUCGAGCAGGGGCACCGAGAAAGUAAUUUCGACUCCUCCGCUCGCCGACGCCUCAAACUCUACCUCAGAGAAUGAACGGGACGACUCAGUCGCGGUGUUCUGGAGAGUUCCGUUUCUAGUACCCGGACAUGGCGCUGGCGGUUCGCAGUUUGUGUACCACGACGCCCUUUCCAAUGGUAGCCAAGCCACCUUGCAGAACAUUGACGGAAACGGGUACCCCCAGCCGCUCCAGGAGCCUGUGUCUGAGCUCGAGAUGCUGGCCAGAGCUGUGUGGCCUCAGGAUGAGUACAUAGUUGAGUACUCUCUGGAGUACGGACUCCUCAGGCUCAGCCCAGCGACCCGCCAAAAGCUGAAUAUCUCCGUCAAGAUUGUCACGCUCGAUCCUGCUAAGGACAGCUGUUUCGGCGACUGGUUCAGCCGGCUUCUCUUGGACGGCUUCCUGGGCUACGACGACGUCCUGAUGGCAAGUCUCAAGAACCUUGCUGAACGUGAGGACAACAAAGGUUACGUAAGGAAUGUGGUCACGGGCGAGCACUACCGGUUUAUCAGUAUGUGGACCAGUCGGACAUCUUACAUCGCAGCCGCUUUCAUUAUGCUCAUAUUUACACUAUCCAUAUCUAUGCUACUCCGGUACUCUCACCACCAAAUAUUUGUCUUCAUCGUUGAGCUGCUGCACAUGCUGGAGUUCAACUCGACCAUCAACUUCCCGGCUGGGCCGCUGCUGACGGUCAUCUUGGCGUUGGUCGGCAUGGAGACGAUUAUGUCCGAGUUCUUCAACGACACCACGACGGCCUUUUAUAUCAUCCUGAUCGUGUGGGUCGCCGACCAGUACGACGCCAUCUGCUGCCACACUGCCAUCACCAAGAGACAUUGGCUCAGGUUCUUCUACUUGUACCACUUCGCGUUCUACGCCUACGACUACCGCUUCAACGGACAGUACAGUGGACUGGCCCUGCUGACUUCCUGGUUCUUCAUACAGCACUCUAUGAUCUACUUCUUCCACCACUACGAGCUGCCGUCGAUCCUUCAACGCUCGGGCCUGGAGCAGGGCGAGGCCGGCCGCGCGGACGCCGCGACCCAAGCGACCGGCGCCGAGUCGUCGACGACCGCCGCGGUAGGAGGUGGCGGCCCCGGCGGCUCGCCGCCGACCGCAGCCGCGUCGCAGCUGAACCAGCGCGGUGGGCCUUUCCACUCGACGACCGUCCGAUUGAACGGCCAUGGCGGCAUCGCCGUCCAGCAGUCCGGCGACGCCCCCCGAGUCGCCUUCAUACGGACCGUGUACAUCGGCAACCUGCUCAACGCGGCAACCCUGGGUGCCGCUGCCGCGUCGCAGUCGCCGAACCAACAGCAGUCUCAGCAGCAGCAGCAACAGCAGUCUCAACUACAACAAGCACUGCAGUCGGCUAACGACGGCUCCGGGUCGGAGGGCACCAACGUAAGGAAUGGAGAAGACAUUUCCAAUGGCUGCACAACCACCACGGACACCGCCUCGGAGGUGAUCCAGACGUCCGGCGAUACAACAGAGGACUCGCCGAAGCUGACUAACGGGGGUGACAGAGUUUCCAAGGAGCGCAAGGAGUCAACGUCCUCCUCCUGUGAAGACCUUAAGGGGGAAGCGGAUGACGCGGUGUCUCGAAAUGACGAGACGCCUGCGCCAGAACAGCAGCCCCAGCUGGAAGUUCUCCAAAGUCAGGAUGGUGCAGCACCCAGCUCGGAUGAUAGCACAGCGUAGUGUUGGCCGAUCGUAGAUGUCCUCGGACUUUAGUGUUUUCUGAAGCCUUUUGUGUUGCCUCCUUUUUUCUGACAUUUUUUCCCCCCGUAAUUGUGAAGUGGACCACUGCACAUUGUCGGCCCUGCUGACUUACGCAAACGCAGCACCGGGUCAAGUUAGUCCAGAUUGAGCGAACACGUUAGGCCAAUGUGCAGAAAUCUGCGCUGAUGUUUUUUGGGCUUGAACCUACGUUGCCACUGGCUGCAUCUUUGUGUUCCGUGUUCAUGACAUUGUCUCCGCUGUGUUCGUGACAUGAACUCUGUUCAACAUGCAACUUCUGCAGGCGAUUGUUACAACACGGAUGCGAAAAGUGUGAAGGACUCUCAAACUUUCGAACGAAGUAGAAUUCGUCGAUGCCUUGUGGUGCCUUUGUCCCAGGAAUCUGGCGCACCGUAGACCUACACCUCCUGCCGAACUGUGAAGCCUUGUGGCAGCUUGAACAUUGAACACUUCUGAGGCCAGCGCAGCUGUUUCGUGCGACCAGGGUGCGUAGCACCUCCUGCCCAGUCAUAAGGCCGUACGAUUUUGUACAAAGUUCAUAGAAUCAUAAGCAUUAGUUGAUCUAGCGUGGUAGGUUGCUGGAAACAACUACGCCUCCACUUGCAGAGGUUUUAAUCAAAAUGCUGUGCUAGGCGGUGUUUGCCGUAGUGUAUUAAAAAAAGUGGCAGUAUUGCACUGAUUAAUUUUGCUUAGCUUUUUGCCCAAGGACUGCAACAGGAUUGUAGGAAUAAAACUGUGUAGAAAUGCACGCCAUCAUGAUGGCGUGCUUUUUCUUCUUUUUAUUUGGUACAUUGUGAAACAAAACUGUAAAACAAAAGAAAAAGAAGCUUGAACUUAGAUACUUCACUUAUUUUGCACUGCUUGAAUCUUCCGGCCAAGUGACCUUUUCCGUGAAUGUAAAUACUACUUGCAGUGGUGCACCGUAUUGCUCUGUGCCAUUUCAUUGCCCUAGAUAGCUGCUUAAAUAACUUAUUGUCCACAAAUUAUAUGCCAUGUUGCGAAUGCAAGGCACCACUCGAAGGGUCCGACUCGGGGCUUUACAAGAGCUUUCAGUAGGCUUCUUUUAGAUGGGAGGAGCCCGAUCAACUGCGUCAAUCGUUUAUUGCUUUCAUUGCGUGUGGUUUCCGUGUGCAGGGUGACUCUUGUCCCUUGCGCAGUAGAGAAAAGUAGUAUCUCUUAUUGUUUGGAAACUUGGUGGCUUGUGUUGGGGUGACAUCGCCUCUUGUGUUCUUACGAUUGCCGUGAACUGAUGACACACCGUUCGUCCUUGCUGCGACAUUUCGCGAGCAUCGAGUCAAAAGUGCACAUUCUCCUUUCUUUUUUUUUUUCUGGGCGGCGUGGCUUUAGUCCCCUUCGCUGUUCUCGACUUCGAGUCCGUUUCGAAAAUAAAUAAAAAUCAAAAUAAAGAUGAAGCUGCAACACCUC